GGUGAAAAUGGAGGUAUUUCAAUUCAAACACUGAGAGAACGUGCCUUGAAAACUAGACGUAACAAUCUGGUAGAAUCACCAUUAAAUGAUCAAGAGGCUGAUGAACCAAUUUCAAUACAUGAAAAGAGUGACCUGAUAAAUACACUCCCAAGAACAAACAAGCGGCGGUUACUAGAUGACGAUAUUCAGGAAGGCCCAGACUCUUUAGAAAGCCUAGUGAUAGCAGAAUUUAGAAAUCUAAGAAGAUAG